CUCCCCAUCCGCUCCCUCCAUCCUCCCCCACAUCACGGCAGCAGCAGCAGCAGCAGCAGCAUCCUCAGCUCAGCCUCAGCAGCAGCAUCCACCCAUUUCUUGUUUAGCACGAAUCUUUAGCUGGAUAGUGGCGUAGUCCUUUCCAGCGGCGUUGCUGAGAGCCGGACAGAGUGUCCAAGGUGAUGCCACUGCAGCACCCGCAGCUCGCCACCGCGCCAGCACACCGAGCCUAAGCCACUUCCUCUGCGAGGAAGAACAAUAACCGUUCUCCCGGAGACAUCAGCCGCACAGGAAGAUGUCUAACGCCGACAUGGUCCUCAACGCCACCGAUCGGGUAGUGAAAUCUGUGCCCUUCCCUCUGAGCCACCGCCUCACCAUGAAGGAGGUGUUUGACUGUGAGGGCAAACCCAGGGUGGACCUGCUUAAAGCCCACCUAACCAAAGAGGGCCGGGUUGAGGAAGCCGUGGCCCUGCGCAUCGUCAACGAGGGCGCUGCUAUUUUACGCCAGGAGAAGACCAUGCUAGACAUCGAAGCACCUGUGACAGUGUGUGGGGACAUCCAUGGGCAGUUCUUUGACCUGAUGAAGCUAUUUGAGGUAGGGGGCUCGCCCGCAACAACGCGGUAUCUCUUCCUAGGAGACUACGUGGACCGGGGUUAUUUCAGUAUCGAGUGUGUUUUGUACCUUUGGUCGCUGAAAAUCCUCUAUCCAAAGACGCUAUUUUUACUGAGAGGAAAUCAUGAAUGUAGACAUUUGACAGAAUACUUCACUUUCAAACAAGAAUGUAAAAUCAAGUAUUCAGAGCAGGUGUACGACUCCUGUAUGGAUGCAUUUGACUGCCUUCCCCUGGCUGCACUCAUGAACCAGCAGUUCCUGUGUGUUCACGGUGGACUGUCCCCAGAAAUACACACCAUAGAUGAUAUAAAGAAGUUGGAUCGGUUUAAGGAGCCCCCAGCGUUUGGACCCAUGUGUGAUCUCCUGUGGUCAGACCCCCUGGAGGACUUUGGCAAUGAGAAGAGCCAGGAGUACUUUAGCCAUAACACAGUCAGGGGCUGCUCCUACUUCUACAGUUAUCCAGCUGUGUGCGAGUUCCUACAAAAUAAUAACUUGCUAUCAGUCAUCCGAGCACAUGAAGCACAAGAUGCAGGAUACCGGAUGUACAGGAAGAGUCAAACCACUGGCUUCCCAUCACUAAUCACCAUCUUUUCUGCACCAAACUACCUUGAUGUUUACAACAACAAAGCGGCCGUCCUGAAGUAUGAGAACAAUGUGAUGAACAUUCGACAGUUCAACUGCUCCCCACACCCCUACUGGCUGCCCAACUUCAUGGACGUCUUCACCUGGUCUCUGCCCUUCGUGGGAGAGAAAGUUACAGAGAUGCUGGUGAAUGUGCUGAGCAUCUGCUCUGAUGAUGAGCUAAUGAACGAUGGAGACGAGAUCUUUGAUGCCAACGCAGCAGCUGCGCGGAAAGAGGUGAUUAAGAACAAGAUCCGUGCCAUCGGCAAGAUGGCAAAGAUGUUCUCUGUGCUCAGAGAGGAGAGCGAGAAUGUGUUGACGCUGAAGGGUCUGACUCCGACUGGCAUGCUGCCUAGCGGUGUGCUGUCCGGGGGCAAACAAACUCUGCAGAGCGCAACCAUUGAAGCCAUUGAAGCCAUCGAGACAGAAGAAAAGGACGGAGAAGCCAUCCGCGGCUUUUCUCCACAGCACAAGAUCAGCAGCUUCGAAGAGGCUAAAGGUCUAGAUCGCAUCAACGAGCGCAUGCCUCCCCGUAAAGAUGGCGUUAACCACGUCGGUCACUCCAUGGGCAAAAUGAACAUGUCCGAGGCAAACGGUACUGACGACAACAGCAACAUCCAGUGAUGCAGCGGCCACCUGCAGUGACCGCAUGGCCAAACCCGUGCCGCUGUUCUGCUGUGUGGCAGGAUAUCGCCAAAAGCUGAAAAUUUAAAGCCUCCUGAUACCAACCAAACCCAAACGACAUAACUAUAUGUAUGCAUCCACUACUGCUAUGUCAAAUUAGGGACGCAAACAAUCCAAUUUAAAAUCUGACAUGGAUGUGGGUUGAAGGCGGCUGCUCUUUUUUCGCUGCCAGUUUACCAUAUGCGGAUUUCUCGCUGUUUCGGGCGAGUUCUGCCGCUUUUUGGGUGUGAUGAACAGGGUAUGGGGUGGGCUUUGCUUGGGAGGGGGGGAGUAAUGUCAGUCAAGGGCUGAAAGUGUCUUUAUCAAUUCCUUUCUGACUCCACCCAUUCACCAAGUGGGCGGGGACUUGGGAUUUAGAACUCUCUCUUUAAGCCUGAUCCAUCGCAGCUCAUCGGUGGGGGUGACCAGCCAGUACCAAUGCCACGCACACAUUUGAAUAUUUUGAUUGAUGAGUUUUCUUCAUGAGCCCAUGUCGUAAUGAAAUGAUCGCACUGUUUGACAUAUUUUGCUACUAGUAUUAAUGAAUAAUGAAAUUUGAAAUGAUGCAAAAAUGAAACGUUUCUAAGAAAGGACAUUUAAAGAGAAAAAUAUGUACAUUUUAUUACUUGCAAUGCAAUCUUACCUGAGUAUUUUUAUUUAUUAAUUAAUUUCUUUUAUUUAUUUAUUUUUUUGUUUGGUAAGAUGCGAUAACGCUGCUGGGAUGUAAGGUAAAGGGAGCUUGCGUAUGUUGGCUGUGGACUCAUAAACCCCACCGUCUAUUGUGUGGAGUGAACACUAGAUGAUGGGGGGAAGGCGAAAGGAGGGGGAGGGGGGGUUAUGCAGUUAGAGUUUGACCUUUGGCACCACCUACCUGAUUGUUUCUCACCUGCCUGUAACUCGAGAGAGAGAGAGAAUGCACAUAGUAUGUUUCGCAAGUUGAAUGAUCCUAUAUAUAAGUAUAAAUAUAUACAUAUAUAAAUAUAUUAUUAAUAAUAAAUGAAGGACAAUAUCGAGGACAAUUUUUAACAGCAUCUGUGGUAUGGAACGCAUCAAUGCAUGCAAUUAAGUUCCUUAUUGAUAUGUGAAAUUAUAAUUGUGAUGUGUUUCAAUAUAGUAGAUUUGAAUUAUUUCCCUCUUCAGAUUAUAUUUGUAAAGUUAAAUUUUGUUUUUUUAUAUCUAUAUACAGUAUAUAUAUAUAUAUAUGAUUUUUUGUAAUCUUUUCUUCUGUCUUUAAUUUAUUUCCUUUUUUAUUUUUUAAUGUUAUUUUGUUGGUUGAUUUUAUUUUUGUAUUGUUUUUGCUGUACAGGCACCAAUGCUCUUUUUGAGGUGUUAAGCCUUUGUGGGGGUUUUUUUUCUUUCUUUUUUCGUUCAGUUGGUGUAAAGAAUGUGUUCAAUAGUGUGAAUGAACAUAUUACUCAGUGAAAAGCAACAUUCAGGCUGCCAAAGCAUGAUCGCAUGGUUUAUUCACAUGUAAACAAAUUGGACACGCUGAAAAUCCUGUGUCUCACUUUGAAGGACAACUAUAUUCUCAUUCUAAUUCUUGAUGAUAUCCUUAUACUUCUUAUUAUUACAAUUAAGCUUACGGUUCAUUUCUCCACUGUUUUCUGAUCUUUGUUUGGUCCAGAUGUGGUUUAUUUCAAAGAAGGAGUUUAAUGGAUUUUAACUUGUGACUAAUUUUUCUUGCAAUUUUCUCUUUAGCUAAGUUUUGGCAUCUGAUUCCUAAAUGCUAAUACACAUUGUAAGCAUGCCCUAUGGGACAAAUCACUUUUUUUACUCUUGAAUAAAAUAUGCAUGAA